AGACACGCCUUCCCCCAUUUGUCUUUGCGUAAUGAGCGUGCGUCAGGGUUCAGCGUUUGGUUCCUUCUCCGCAAGUUCACUUCUCGAGUUACAGCAUCCAAGCUUGAUACAUUUCCUGUUUUUGCGCUCACGGGUUUUUCUAAUCUUCUCAAACGAAAACUCUGAGGAAUAACUUCUGGAAUAAUCUGCGUGGAAGUGUUGUGGUGAUGAAUUCACGGAUUUUCCUCGCUGCUCUCCUGCUUGUCUUCGGUUUGGCGACUGUUUUUGCUCAGUCUUCCGCACCUGCCCAAGUGUGUGAGACGAAGAAUGGGACAAGCUGCGAGGAAUGUCUGAAAAAUGUGUCGUGCCUGUGGUGUCUCACAACUAAGUCAUGUGUAACAUAUCCAGUGAAGACUAUCCUUCCACCCCAUUCACUGUGUCCACUGAGUGAAGCACGCUGGGGGCUCUGCUGGAUGAACUUCCAGAUAUUGAUAAUCACCUUGUCAGUGUUUGGUGCAAUUAUCAUCAUCGCCUUCCUGCUCUGCCUGUUCUGCUGCUGCAAGUGUGAGAACUUUGGAUCUAAGAGGACGGAGGCCAAGAUGCAGAGACGGACCGAUAAGACGAGAACCAAGCAGGAAGAAAGGAGAGCAGAAAUGAAAGAACGACAUGACGAUAUCAGGAACAAAUAUGGUCUAAGCGGACCAAAUCCAUACUCCAAAUUUGCAUAAGAGGAUCUGCAAACUGAGAUUUACACUACAACCCUUCUGUUUUCUCCUGAACUCUGACCUCUCGCACAACAGAUUGUGGUUGUGAGAGUAGACGUGAUGAUUAAUGUAAACUAUAACUACGAUAAUUUCAGAAAGGUGACAGUAGUUUUGUAUAGGCAGUCUAUUCUGGCUUCCUCCAGCCAAUGAACAGGUUGUGUUCAAUGUGAUGACCGAAGAGGCUGAAACCAAAGGAUAGAAUAGACGCAUAUCCUGUGGCUCCUAUAGCAUCAUACUAUUUAUUAGGUUACGUCUUUAAUUGUACAGAAUAGAAUGAUUUCUUGCUCCUCUGUGCUGCUGCUUAUAAACUUAGAAAAUGACAACCUAUUUUUUUACUUUGUGCAAUUUACUUUUCUUGUUUCAAAUUGACUUAUUCAUAUUCUGAAAUGUAGGAGCCCAUUUUUUAUUGUGUUACUUCUCUUUAUUCCACUGAAAAAAAAUAUUUUUAAGGUACUAGGUUUGAUCAAAAUUAAAUCUUUACCCUUGCAUCCAGAUUUUAUAACGUAAUUAUUGACUUUAGUUGAAUGUGUUCAUCCUAAAUUCGGAUUGAAGUCUGCCUAAUACGACAUUUACAUGUAUGUCCUGUAUAGACGCACAAGCCAAAUAAAAUACUUUGGACUCAUAA